AUGUUCGCCAGGAACGCUCGGCACCAGGCGAGCUUACGAGCGUGCAUUCAGCGCCUCGCCGAUGAUGAGGUCGAUAUCGAUGAAGUGAAUGCUCCGGAGGCAAUUGCCGUAGCCCGGAAUCAGGUCUGCUACACCGUCUCCAAAAGGACCGACAGAUCUCGAGAGGGAAUCUAUGGAGGACUUGGAGCGCCUGGUGCAUGA